GCAGCCAGCAAGCAGUGCGACUUGCGAGUGAGCCGGCUGAGCGAGCAAAAAAGUCUCAUGUGUAGGAUCGCGGAGUGAGAUUCGAGGAGGAAAAAGAAGAAUUGGGUCCACCUUCUGACCUGCUGAGUGCUGAGGCGGUUUCAAUGCGGAUAUUUCAGCACAAUGGAAGAUAUUUUGAAAAAAGGUGAAGAAGAAGGUCGUCCCGUUGAGCAGGCAAACCUAGGUUUCUUUAAAACGGACGCCCAGAUAACUAAAGCAAACGACGUCUUUGUACUUGUCGUCCACUAUGGUUUUGAGAACCAAGAAAUUGCUCGAGAAGGAGAUUCUUUUGACGUGCAGAACCUGAAGACAUCUUUCGGGAAAAACAGGAAUUGCAACUUUCGUGAACUUAAAUCGCCGAAAAAAGAGCAUCUACUCGAUUUACUUGGCGAUCAGGAUAAGCUGCUACGAUUUUUCUCCUCGAAAGAACCUCCAGACGUUUUUCUUCUUUUUGUGCUUUCUCACGGAUAUGAAGAUGGCGUCAUUUAUACCGACUAUUUCCUCGACGAUCAGAAAACGCUCGUUCAUUUCACGACGGAUGAAAUCUUUGAGUCGAUCAAAAAGUUGACCAAGUUCGAAAAAAGCCUCAAACUGAUCAAUUUCGGUCCAUGUCGCGGGUUAUUGGCCGACUCCAAGUUCAACAGGAAUAAGAACGUGUGUGAAGAGUCGUACAAAAACCGUAACACGUGCAGGAUCACGUUCAUUCCCUCAAUUCACAAUUUGGUGCUGUUCUAUUCAACUGUCGAAGCAACGAAAGCGAACACAAGUGAACGUGGGUCGUGUUUUGUACAAAAUUACUGCGACUGUUUGAAUCAGACAGAGGAGAAGCCGUUGUUGGAAUUUCUCUCGAUGGUGCAGAACAACGUGCACUUUUUGUCCAUACCUAAUUUCAAAACAGGCGAAUCCCAGGGUCAGACGCCAGAAGUAAAGAUGUUCACUCAAGACCGGGAAUUCUUCAUUUCAAGAACAAUGAUUUCUCCAGCGACAUAUCAGAGUACUGAUGGAAAAAUGGUGAAGCCAGGGAUAAAAACGACGCAUUCGAAAUCAUUCUCAUGGAAGUCUGACGAAGGACAAAACGUUAGAGGUCGAAACGCUUUCAUCUUGUUUGAGCAACACGAUGCACAAGUGCAAGAACUGGUUAAUUCUGUUCGUAACUUGGACUUUGACACAAGAUCGUUUCAACUAAACAAACUCUCUUUGGACUCGUACUUAAAAUUCUGUAGCGAGUUAGAACACGACGUUGGCUGCAUUUUAACUUGCAUGUUUGGAGAAGUGAGUGAAAAUGAUGCGAAGGAAGUUUGCAUCCUUGUCGACCAAAAGAAGAUGCCAAUCACAGAUAUUCUGCACAGCUUUGUCGGCCCGAAAAAUGCCAAGUGGAUCGGAAAGCCAAAAAUAUUUGUUCUAAUUAAUCAAGGGGCCUUAAAAUAUGAAAAUGUAAGUCAGCACUCAUAUUUUGAUCGUUGA